AUGGAACUCCAUCAACAAGCACAAGCCAGCCUCGAUCCCAACACAAUCCAAGAGCUCGAAGCAUUACGAAGCAAGCUUUAUUCAUUACAAGAGACCUUUGCAUCACAAAUUGCGUACUUGAAGGAGCCCAAAUACCCAUUCAACUGGCCCGAUUUGCUCAACAAGUUCAACAUGCUUACAGCCAAGUUCGCUUCACUCUCUGAAGACUUUUACGGCUAUAUCGAGACAGGGAGCAACGCCACGCUGCCGAAGCUUAUGUUACAUCCUUACACACCUACAACGACUGAGCACGAGACGAACAUUUUGGGCGUGUUGCUACGCACCAAGUUGAUACCCGACAUUGAAAAGCUCGAAUUGGAAACACAGGCAGCAUUAGCACGAGAACUAGCACUAGAGCAACAACAACAUCAAGGGCAACAUAACGAGGAUGAUGAGCAUCUUUUAAGGACACGACUCGAUCAAUGGUCAAAACGACGACAACGCCAUGAUCAAAUUGCAGUGGGGGCAGCCAAUUUCGUGAAUGCUUUGAUGAACGACCAUCGAGAUACAUUCUUGCAACGAUUUCCAGAAGAGGAAGAAGAAGAGGAAGAAGAGGAAGAAGAAGCAGAGGACAAAAAAGACAACAUGGAGGAGCCACAAGAAACCCCUGAAUGGCAAAAGAUGGGCUUUCCUUCCGAGGAUGUAUGGCGACGUUGGAAGCUCGAAUGCUUGGUCAACUUUAAUAGCAGCGGCAAGGAUCAAUUACCUGGUAGUGAUUUGCGAAAGCUAGCCACAGCAGCCAAAUAG